CAACGGUGGGAGAAGGUUCUCGCGGAUGAGAGAUCGCUGGAAGCUGCCUUGCAGGUGUGCAUGAACUGCAUGUGGCAGAACUGCUGCUGAUAAGGAUUCGGAAUUCCAGUCGGUCGACUGCAGUCCCAGCCACGAGCUUCUGACGGAGCCGCUCAUGCGGGGGAGAAGCUUGGACCACCACCCACCAGCAAGCAAUGACGGAUUUCGGACUUUUGGGUUUUGGAGAGUCCGUCACAAACCAACAUCUCCCAUCCUCUCACACGGUCACACCCUUUCAACCACGCGACAGUAGCCGCCAUGAGAGUCACGAUCAAGAAAUGGAGCGCGGUCGCCACCUGGCAAUGGGACAUAUCCGAGGACGACGUCUGCGGUAUCUGCCAGGUCCAUUUCGACGGCACAUGCCCUACGUGUAAAUAUCCUGGCGACGACUGCAGCCUCCUCUCUGGCAAAUGCGGCCACAAUUUCCACAUGCAUUGCAUUAUGGAAUGGAUCAAACAGGAGUCUGCCAAGGGACAGUGUCCCAUGUGCCGCCAGAGUAAGCCCCCCUGGACACCUCCCACGGUGUAUCUAGACUACAUGCUAACCAUGUAGCCUUCGAAUGGGUCGGCCAGCACGCUGAAGGCACUGAGC